UUGGGAUGCAAUUUCUUCUUAAACCAUUCUGCUUUAUUUUAAUUUCCUUCCCAACUCUUGUGUAAUCUCAGACCAUAAACUGUAGUUUAUUGGACUACUCAGAUGCUUAAUUUUUGUAUUUCCUGAGGAAUUCGUGCCUUCACUCGUUGAAAAUUCAGUUUUUUUCUGUGAUCAUAAUUAGAUAUAAAUUCUGGUGUUUGAAGUGUAGAUUUGUAGGCUGAAAUUAUUUGAUUAAUUUUUUGAGUUUUGCUAGUUAGAGGUGGAACCCAUAAAAGAUUCAUUACUUUCAGUCCAAGCUACCAGCAAAGGCAAGCAAUGGAGUGAUGGGCAGGUCAUACACAAGAUGUCCUCCAGAAUCGCCCAAAUCCGCCUUGUCAGCUCUCAUCCCGAGGUUUAUGAACCGUGUGAUGAUUCGUUUGCUUUAGUCGAUGCUCUUUUAGCUGAUCGAACAAACCUGUUGCAGCACCAACCGACAUUUUGCUUGGAACUGGGUUGUGGUAGUGGCUAUGUCAUUACUUCUCUAGCUCUUAUUGUUGGCCAGGCAGCGCAUUAUAUUGCGACUGAUAUCAACCCCCACGCAAUGAAGGUGACUCGUGAGACAUUAGAAGCACAUGGGGUUCAUGCGGAGUUGAUAAACACUAACAUUGCAUCAGGACUGGAGAAGCGUCUGAAAGGUUUGGUUGAUGUAAUAGUUGUGAACCCGCCUUAUGUGCCGACCCCUGAAGAUGAGGUGGGACGUGAAGGGAUUGCGUCUGCUUGGGCUGGCGGGGAGAAUGGACGUACUGUGAUUGAUAGGAUACUGCCUGUUUCUGACAAUCUUUUGUCAAAGAAGGGCUGGUUGUACAUGGUCACUCUUACAGAAAACAAUCCCUUGCAGAUAUGCCUUCAAAUGAGAGAAAAGGGCUAUGCUUCCAGAAUCCUUGUCCAGAGAUUGACAGAGGAAGAAAAUCUACAAAUCAUCAAGUUCUGGCGGGAUUCAGAUUCUCAAGUAGCAGAAAAGGAAAACAAAACAGUUCCUGCAAAGGUCAUGGAGUCUUUGCUCUCUCAGUUCCAUAUAUUCCCGUUUCUGAGAGGCAGUAACAACGACAGUAGCUGAUGUAUACAGAAGGGGAAGAAGUAAGUUUUCUAGUGCGUACAUGAUGGAAAAAUGAUCUAUUCUCAUAUUCUUCUUGAGUUUUGGAAACCUUUGUUGGAAUGUGAGAUGUACACAAUUGAUUCGUUUGGUGCCGUAGGGGCCUUCCGCAUACGAUCAUUUCUACGAAAACUUCCAAUUCCUGGAUGCAUGUUUUCGUAGCAGCAUCUGCAGGACAUCUUCAUCAUUUUCCUAAUACAUUACAACUUGGGUGCAACUCAAGAAAUUGCUCAAAAUUGUCAAUGAAGAUUUUAUUUCUAAUGCCAUUUUAUUGUAAUCGGAUUAUGAAAUGAUUAUUUUGUAAUGCUUUGAAAACAAGUUGUCUAGGAAUGUAGUGUGCAAUCCUCCUUCAAGGUUUAAUAGCGCGUCGAAGUGACAGCAUAAAGUAACCAAAGGAGCAUUGCAUUGUUUCUUCAA